UCCAGAAGUUCUUGUUCGUUGGACAGCGUGGUGCUUACUCUUACAGAGCUUCUCAAAGAUAUUUUUGUUUAUACAGUUUCGAAUCUCAUCUCUUUGCCAUGGAUUUGAACUGCAAAGUUUUGAAGUUUAUGAUGAUGAAAACUCCAGCCGAUUCCAUUCCUCCGUUGAAAAUCGCCGGCGAUCAAAACAACGUCGUUUCACCGGUUAUCGAUGGAAACAAAGUGAAAAUUCAGGUUCCUGUUCCGAGGAAAAUUGUUGGCGGCGAGGACGAUGUUGUAGAUAAGAAGAAAUUGAAAAUUGAGGUUCCUAUUCCGAGGGAAUUGUUAUUUCCAUCGGCUGAAACGGCAUCCUGUUAUGAUCAUGCGCAGUUAUUGGUUCAGAACUACGGGAAUUUCAAAAAGAGUGGGGNAGUGGGAAGCCGGUGAGGUUUAUGUUCUAUAAGGAUGGAUCGUGGGUGAAUUUCGAGAAAAACGUGAUGGAUGUGAUGGUAUCAGGUUUCGUGAGUGGCAAGCCUAUGAUUGAUGUGGAAAUGGAAGGGUUAAAAUGUCUUUUUGAUUUUUAUCGCAUGUUAGAGAUUGACUUGGACACUGGGAAAGAGCGCUCUAUUUCUUGGAUUGAUGUUAAUGGUAAGUGCUUUUUCCCUAAAGUCUUCAUUGAUUCCAGUGAGAAUUCAGAUGAUAAAAAUCAUGAAAUUAAAGCUUCGAAUGUUAAUGAAAAUUUUUCCUCUGAGAAUCCUAAGAUUGAAAUUGAGAUAAGAAUCUCAGAUGACAACUCAGAUAAAGAAGUUAACAAUUCAGGAGAAGAGUUAAAGUUAGGAAAGAGAAAGAGGGGAAGCGAGGAAAAUGAAGUGGAGGAGAAGGGAGAACGGAGUUCGUCUAAUGCGAAAGAGCGGCGUGUUAUUGCUGCUACUGAAUUGCAUUCACCAAGGUGGCCAAAGGCAAGGUCAUUGAGGGAAGAGGAGAAAGGCUAUCAGAUGGUAAAGGGUUUACUGUUGUCGGGUUUGAGGACUGUAGAUCCUGGUGUUACAGUCACUUCGAUUCAUCAGUGUGUUAGAACUGGUCCAUUGGAAAAGGCUCGUCUCGAGGUUUUCCAAACGAAUAUGGAGAUCAUAAAGAGAACUAGAGGGGGGAACCUUAAUGUUGUAUAUGCUUGGUACGGGACAUCAGCCAAGAACGUGGAGAUCAUUCUGCGUCAUGGCUUUGGAAUGCCUAGCGUGGUACAUGGUUCUAAUGCUCAUGGCGUUGGUGUGUACUUGUCGCCCUUGCGCCAACCUCAAAAUAGUGCAAUUAUGUCUGAGGUAGAUGAAUAUGGUGAAAAGCAUAUUGUUCUGUGUCGAGUUAUAUUGGGAAAGCUCGAAAAGGUUGAGUUAGGAUCUCAACAAAGGUAUCCUUCUAGUGUGGAUUUUGAUACUGGGGUUGAUGAUUUGACAAACCCGAAGUGGUAUGUGGUGUGGUCUGCAAAUAUGAACACUCACAUUCUUCCCGAAUGCGUAGUUAGCUACAAAUAUGGACGUCAUAUGUCAGGUCAAGCAAAUUGUGCUUCAUCCAUGAAGUGGGCUCCUCAUGCUUCAAAUGCAAUGGGUACAUUAAUAUCCAAGCUAAGUACUUUGCUUCCACCUCCGAAAGUGCAGGAGUUGCAAAGUUUGUAUGGCUCCUACCGGGAAGGAAAAUUAGGGAAAGAAGUUUUCAUGAGACAGUUACGAUCUGUUGUUGGAGAUGAGAUGUUGCGUUCGACUAUUCUGGAAAUUCGUGGCUGAGAUGAGGUUCUUUUAGUGCUUAAUUUUUGUCGUGAGAAUAUGGGAUGUGUUCUCAUUGAUAAUUCCGUUUUUAUACAACCAAAGUGUAAUGUUACCUUUUACAAAGGGAAGCCUCAUUAGUAGGAAGCAGGAUACACCUUAGGUUAUAUUCUUACAUUAUGUUUUUGUUGUACCUUUUGGAAAGGUUGUUGUGGUGAUGUUAGUAAAGAGCUUGGACGGUUUUGUCUUUCAGUGGAUGUAGAAUCCAGUUCAAAUGACAACGUUUUUUUUUCUCCCAUAACCGGGUUCUGUCUCUAUGUUUGCAUGUGAAAUAUUGUUUGGGAAUUGUGCA